GAAGCACCAAAUUAAACCCAAAGCCCACCCUUUAGCCUCUUCCGCUCUUCGGCUCUUCGCCUCUUCCAAUUUUCUGUCCAAACACGCAAAGGGACACCGGACAGUCGGACACUACUCACACGAGCAGCGGAGCAGAAGACUAUUCGACUAAGACGACUGGGAGCCCGUCGCGAACAGAGGCACAGAGCAUUCGAGAUUCGAGAAGACGACUGACGAGAACAGAGCCCGUCCGCCGGUCGCCCAACAGCCGUAGCAGGCGAGCAGCCGCCAGCCGACUAGCCGAGCACAAAGCACCGCACUCUGAGCAGUCUCGAGACUCGAGCAGGUCGGCCUUUCGGAUUUCGGAGUUUCGGCCAGCCGCCAGCCGCCAGGUUAUUGACCGCCUUAUGCAAGAGAUGAAUAAUCGUUUUACUGAGUCAAGUUCGGAGCUACUGAUGUGCAAGCGUCCUUAAGUCCUAAAGACUCAUUCUCUCAUUUUGAUUCGAAGCGGCUACUUCGUCUUGCUGAAUUAUACCCAGAUGAUUUUAGCUCAAGAGAAAAAUAUGAAUUAAAUGAACAACUUAGGUUGUUUCUUACAUUUGUCAAAUCAUCUCCAGAGUUCUCAAGUCUUCAAACUAUUGGAGAUUUGGCAAAAAAAAUGGUUGAAACGGAAUGGCACACAACUUACAAGUUAGUGUAUCGACUCAUUCAGUUGACAUUGGUCUUACCUGUUACAACAGCCACAGUUGAGCGAUCUUUCUCCACAUUGAAGUUUAUCAAGAAUGAUUUGCGCAACAAGAUUGGAGAAGAAUUCUUGACAGAUAGCUUGGUGUGUUACAUUGAGAAAAAUAUUUUUGUUAAAGUUGAGAAUGAAGACAUUAUGAGGCGAUUUCAGAGUAUAGCGCCUCGAAGACAUAAAUUGCCAUAUCUAAAUAUUUCUCCUUCAUUUGACGCUCCAGUUGCUAAUCAAAAUUAAGGUACUAUUUCAUUAGCUGUUUUAUUUGGAUUUUAUAGUUUUGUUUAUUGUUGAAUUCGUGAUAUAUAUGAUUUCUUUGUUAAUGAUCCCCUGUGAGUCUAGAGUCCUGGUUCCGCCACUAACGAUGUAUGGCUAGUUACUUGAUGAAUUAAUUGCAUGAAUCUUGAUUUAAUUGGUGUUUGAAUGAUUUAA